AAUGAGUAAUCACGAAGAUGAUUUAGAAGUAUAAGAACCUGUUGAUCAAUAAAAAGAAGAUGAGGGGUAAAAGAAAGGAGGUAAGUCUUAUAAAUAUAAUCUAAUUAGGCACUGACAAUAAACAUUAACUUAAAGAUAUUGAUUUAACAUCAAUUUUCGUGAGAAAUUUAGAUGAAAACACAACAGAAGAGGAUCUUAAAGAAUAUUUCAAGGAUUGUGGAAAUAUUGUGAAAGUAAAAUAAAUAUAUUUAUGUUAGGUGACCUUAAGAAGUGAUAAGAAUACUGGCACUCUUUAUUCAUAUAUUCAAUUUCAAGAAUAAAGUUCAGUUGAGGAUGCUUUAGUAUUAAGUGAAGGUAUCAUCAGAGGAAAGAAAAUACUGGUAUUCAUACUUUUCUAUAAAAUAGGUGUUUUAAAAAAGAACAAAUUUAAGAAAUAGAGGAAGAGGAAAUCGAGGUGGAAGAGGAUAGCGUAUUUAAAAAUUACUAUUAAUUAGCUUUUUAAUAUAUUACAAGAGGAAGAUAUUUGUAUGCAGAACCAAUAAGAGGAAGAGGUGCUUAUCGUGGUGGCAAAUGAG